UUAUAAGUCCACAGGAAUUCAUUUCAUCACUAUAAAACCCCAAAAAAACGGCUGGCUUUCAAUUCAGAUUCAAGAAAUUUCCAUAAAAACUCCCGUUUACAAGAAUCAAAGAAAUUCAAGAACUCAUUUCAUUAUACAAACCCUAAUCAAUAACGAUCGAUAAUUGGCUUUCAAGUCAGAUUCAAGAACCUCUCAAAAAACCUCUCUUUUUACAAGAAUUCAAGAAACCCUAACUCUUUCAAAACCUCUCAAGAAUUCAAGAAACCCUAACUCUUUCAAAACCUCUCAAGAAUUCAAGAAACCCUAACUCUUUCAAAACCCAUCUCCAUUUCUUUUAAAGAUUCCGAGCAAAUGGCGUACAAAUAUUAUAAGUACGAAUACAAGAUGAAUCAAAUGGUAGAAGUAUCCGAGAAUGAACGAACAUACUACAAUGCGAAGGUUGUUGGAAUUAAAUUUAACCCACCCGCUUGCAUGGUAAAGUACGAGACUCGCUACACUAAAAAUGGUCUCCCGAGGAUUGAAGUGGUUGACACUGAGUAUAUUAGGCCCAAACCGCCUGUAGAUCAUAAACUCAAAAUUGAUAUUGGUCAUAGAGUUGAUGUCGACGUGGACAUCGGCGAUGGUGCUUGGCGGGUCGGAACGGUGGUAGCCAAGUCUGAAUUUUUUUACGAAGUAAAGUUGGAUAAUAUUGAGGAUGUAAGAAGAUGUUUACCAUAUUAUGUCAGGCGUCAUUUUGAUUGGCACAAUGGCUUAUGGGUCUUGAUAUGAUGUUGAUGGUAGAGAAUCUGAAAUUGAUGGUGGUUGAUCUUGUUCCGGCGAGCAUUUCUUAUUAGCAUCUUGGACUCUGCAUGAAGCUGAAUUUGUGUCAAUACAAUCGUGUAAAUGGUUACUGGUAUAUAUGAAAAUGUAAAUUGGCAUUGUAGGCAGGUUAAUUAGGUUAUACUUCAGCCAUCAUUUUGCCGAAAGGAUAUAGUUCCUAAUCGUUUUGUUACUUUCUAAAAUUCAGUAACCGUUUUGUAAAAAUGUUAUAGUUGAUUAUGCAAAAAUAAUUAACUCGUUAA